AGCCCGCCUCUACCCUGCUGUCCCCAGCCCGCGGUGGCCCUGGACUCCGGAUCAGGGAGAGAGAACAGAGCGGGUGGGGUGCGGGAGUUGGGGGGCCGAUUCAGCGGGAGGGAGCGCCCCAAGCCCACCUCAGGGAUUAGAACUGCACAGGAAGCCUGAUGAGACCUCUCGGGCUUGUUCCCAGCCGAUUAAUUUCUCAGUUGUACUGUGGUCAGAAACCUCUGGCCUCCGCACAGACCAAGAUUCGCCUGACGAUGGCUCGACCGAGUUCAAAUAUGGCAGAUUUUCGGAAGUUCUUUGCAGAAGCAAAGCACAUCGUCAUCAUUUCGGGGGCUGGUGUGAGUGCUGAGAGUGGGGUUCCCACUUUCAGAGGAGCUGGCGGUUAUUGGAGAAAAUGGCAAGCUCAGGACCUGGCGACCCCUCAGGCCUUUGCCCGCAACCCGUCCCGUGUGUGGGAGUUCUACCACUACCGGCGGGAGGUCAUGCAGAGCAAGGAGCCCAACCCUGGGCACCUGGCCAUCGCCGAAUGUGAGGCCCGACUGGGCAGACAGGGCCGCCGGGUCACGGUCAUCACCCAGAACAUUGACGAGCUGCACCGCAAAGCUGGCACCAAGAACCUUCUGGAAAUCCAUGGGAGCUUGUUUAAAACUCGAUGUACGUCUUGUGGUGCGGUGGCCGAGAACUACAAGAGCCCGAUUUGUCCAGCUCUAUCGGGAAAAGGUGCACCAGAACCUGAAACUCAAGAUGCCAAAAUCCCAGUCGAGAAGCUGCCCAGGUGUGAAGAGGAAGGGUGUGGGGGCCUGCUGCGGCCUCAUGUCGUGUGGUUUGGAGAAAACCUGGACCCUGACGUUCUGGAGGAGGUGGACAGGGAGCUCGCCCUCUGUGACCUGUGUCUAGUGGUGGGAACAUCGUCUGUGGUCUACCCCGCUGCCAUGUUUGCCCCCCAGGUGUCGGCCAGGGGAGUGCCUGUGGCCGAAUUUAACACGGAAACCACCCCGGCCACGAACCGAUUCAGGUUUCAUUUCCAAGGACCCUGUGGUACAACUCUUCCUGAAGCUCUUGCCCGUCAUGAGACUGAAACUGUGUCUUAAGUGUCUGGAGGAGGAAGAAAGUAACGUAUCUCUAAGAACUAGGCUGCAGACCAGAAAUGGUGACCUGAGUGUUGGAAAAUCUAAAACUAUUCUCUGACUCCUUGGCUGGAAUCUAACCUAACAAUAAGGGACGGGGCUUCAGGGUGGCAAUAGCAAACCCUAGGAAGAUAGAGAACUGUGAUGUUAAUGCGUGCUUUUUGGUUUGAACAGAAACAUGCAUUUGGUAGAAAGAAAAACUUUUUGCAAUUAAAUUGUCUAAAGAAAAAUGUAAUUCCCUGACUGUAUUUUUGGUAUUUGGGCAAAGAUCAAAGUUGGGGAGAAACCUGGUAUUUAAUUCUGAUUUUUGCAGAAGUUUUGGUGGACAGUACAAUCACUGUCUACAAUAGAGUAUAAAGAUGGCACCUCAAGGGAUAUGUCUGGGGGGGGUGCUUUUGUUUUCAGUGUUCUCCCUGUUUGGCUGCCUUACCUCAAAGAACAUGGGAUAGCUUACAGUAAGAACUCAUGCAAGGACGGAAAAGAAUAGCCGUAAAGCAGAAAACCAGAAUGAGAAAAAAGAACAAAGCAAAUAUGUAGACCCCAGAGAUAAACCCAGCUGCCUAAAAUUUAGCUCCGGCAUCUUCGCAGCCAGGAGGGAAGGGAACG